AUGCUCCAUGGCUCAGCCUAUCAACAGCGAGGUGUCAGCAAGCUGCGGAUGUGGCAGCAGACGGAGUACGCCAAGCUGCUCUUCUCCUCCAAGCUGCGGCUGUGGCAGCAGGCGGAGUACGCCAAGCUGGUCUUCAUUGACUCGGACCUGCUCCUCUUGACCAGCGUUGACUUUCUCUUCUCCUACCCCGAGAUCUCUGCUCGCGGAAAUGCCGGCACAGAUUUCAACUCGGGCGUGAUGGUCCUGGAGCCGUCGGAUUGCACGUUUGACCUGCUGAUUAUAAAUCUGAAGCGAGUGCGAUCAGCCAACGGAGGGGACCAGGUGAGACCAAGAUGUGAGGUGACUCCCAAACCCCCUCUUGUAGUUCGCGCUUGCCCCAACGCCCUUGCAUUCACCGUCGCCCUCACUUUCCCCGUCGCCCUCACUUUCACCGUCGCCCUCACUUUCCCCGUCGCCCUCACUUUCACCGUCGCCCUCACUUUCCCCGUCGCCCUCACUUUCCCCGUCGCCCUCACUUUCCCCGUUGCCCUCACUUUCCCCGUCGACCUCACUUUCCCCGUCGCCCUCACUUUCCCCGUCGCCCUCACUUUCCCCGUCGCCCUCACUUUCCCCGUCGCCCUCACUUUCCCCGUCGCCCUCACUUUCCCCGUCGACCUCACUUUCCCCGUCGCCCUCACUUUCCCCGUCUCCCUCACUUUCCUGGGUUAUUACAAGCAACACAUCCUAAACCCCUAA